AUGGGCAGAAACAUAGAAACAGAAACACGAGGCAAGCCUUGUCCUGGCCUGAAGCGGUGGCCCCACGUCCCGGCCGCCGUUUCCAUCGCGCUGGCGACGUGCGGGCUCGGCGGCGAUAAUUUUCAAGGAGCAGCACGUAUUGUCCUGCCACCAGGGUUCGGAAUUUAUAAUUUAAUAUAUUAA